AUGCGGCGAGCAAGUCGAGCUCCAGAUCGACCUGGAGCAAAUGCCCAAGAUGCUCCAGUUUUGCUCCAAGACCUCUUACCUCAUGCUUCAGCUGCCACCCCGUAUUCCACCAAUAUUGACUCAGAUCAUCACAACGACCCAUUACCAACAUCUCCAUUUAUCCCAAACACCACGAGCAACAUCCCGACCUCCCCACCAAACAUUCAAUAUAAUCCAGCGGCACCAACACCACCAGUCCCACCACCGACAACCCCUCCUCAACCACCACUCACCAACUCCGCAACCUCUCAAACUCCCGCCACUUCCCCAAUCUCAACCAUUCCCAACCAACAACCAUCCAACCCAUCUUCCACCACCUUCACUCCUUCCUCCCCAACCCUCUCAACCCGUCUCACCAAACUCCUCACCCGGCUAUCAACCCUCCCAACACCCCCCAUCAUCACCUACCUCCAUAAACACCUCAAAGUCCCCACCAUCCUCCUCAUCACCCUCCUCCUCUUCAUCUUCGUCACCCUCAUCUCCUGGCAAGCCCACAACCUCGACUGGCCUCUCGCCAGAAUCCCGAUCCCCUCCGGCAUUCUCCUCCUGACAAUAGUAGCCAAGUUCACAGACUGGGCACUCGCCGGCGUAACCGACGACGCCUGGGAACGACUGCAAUGGGGUCCAUUACUGCAGCGAGGCCGAGGGAACAUGUUGACGUUCCUUGUGAUGGGUUCCGGGUUCGGGAGCUGGUGGAGGGUGUUAUUUUCUUCGGGGGUGCAGCCGGGAGAGGAGACGAAGUUGAUGAGGCUGAGGAGAUUAGUCAGGACGAAAUGGAAAUGGCGGCUUCGGUUCAGCGCUCGGUUCUGGAGUUUCAUCCGCAUCUUCGUUUGGUUGUUUGUCCAAUUCCCAGGCUUGAUUAUCAUGGCCAUGAUCGAGAACAAAGACUCCUUCCACCCAACAGCAUGGGCGGACGUCACCGGUGGGAUGGGGGUGUUCAACGUGAGCGCGGGUUGGUUCCAGCCUGGUGACCCAUUCACUUAUCGACUGGUUUUUGGUAUCCUUCAAGACCCAACCAUCACGGUGACUACCACGCCAAUAGGUGAGGAAUGUAGUCGGGAGGAUAGCUGUCAGUCGUACAUCUUGUCCGGGGGGACAACCCUUGUUCAGCCUUGGGCUUUUGUACCGCGGCAAUUGACUGACAACCACGCCUAUGUAAUUGAGAACGCGCCGGCGUAUCAAAUCGAUGGCUGGGAGACCUCGUUCAACCAUUCGUUGCCGUAUGCCUUCUGGACUGACGACCAGUGUCGGGUGUUCACCUCUCAAAGCCCGCUGGGUGCGGUUGAUGGCUCGCUUCAAAUUUGUGUGAAGAACGAUGGAGAUGAUGGACGGUUGUUGGCAGGCAUCCGAGAAUGCGGUAGCAACGUGGACAAGACCGGCAAUUGCACCCUUGAUCCGGCCUAUCCAGGGUGGGAUUCCUUCCCGGCCUUCUCAUCUGUCAUCGAACUGUAUCGACUGAACGUAGACCUUGUGACAGACCGUCACACCCAGACCAUCAUCGAGCUGUCCAACCAAGCUAGUCCAAUCAAGCAGAUAAUCGCACCUGAAGACUUCCUCGACGCAUUCGCCCUCCUUCUCUGCCCCUUCCCCACAAACUCGACCCAAAUCUCCCGAUGGUGCGCCCCCAGCGCCGUGAACCAACAGCUCACAGCUUCGCUCGCGUGGAGAAUCCAACUGGCCUACAGCGAGAGGUACCUUGACGACCAACUCUCCAUGGACAUGCUUCGUAAUCUCUUUGCAACGGUGUUGUAUAUGUUUAACCCAGUCUAUCGGGCUAUUUCCAUCGAUGGUUCCGUGCCGUGGAGACCCUACGAGACAGUACUUGGACUGCCACCAGAGAACACCUUUCGAGGGUCCCCAGCCAUCCAGUCGAGCUAUGUCGCCCCGGCUACUUGGACUGUGGUUGCUUUCAUCGUGUCGGCGGUAGUACUAAUCUCUGCGGCGGUCAUCGCGAUGGUUGUGUCGUCUGUAUAUGCCGAUAUGCCUGACCUUAACAAGUUCUUGGUGUUAGAUGGGAUGAAAGUCGUUGUCGUUGAUCCCGCAACUGGGGAUGAGACUUUCUUUGGCAAUGUUGUAUGUCGGGAGAAGACGAAGGAAGGAGUGAUUUAUGUGGCGAGCCGGACGACCGUCUGUCUUGCGAGGAGUGGGGCGACAGCAGGGAGCGACGGGAAUGCAUCCUCACCUGCUUCGAGAUGAUGGGCUGAUGGGACGGUAUAAUUUGAUGGACGUUGUCCUAUUUCUGGAUGGCUUUUUUUUCGGUGGCAGAGGAAGGUUGUCGAUACCAAGAAAGGUUGGGGGAAGGGUUGAAAACCUUCGCUCAAGUCUGAUGAAGGAAUUAUGGUGCUCGAACACCUCGUCAAACUUUAACCCAAAAUCUUGUGAGCAUUUUGAUGAGCCUGUGGCACGCUGUCGAGCGUGCCAACAGAACUGUGAGAAAAGCAAUGGUAUUGUACAGCACUGGGAAAAUCAGCUCCGGAGAGCAGAAUCCUACCUCCCACACCCCCUCCCAGGCAGGGUCUACACCCAAUCCAGACCUAUCUAUAUCAACAGAACCUGUGGCGGCCCACAGGGCAGAAGCCCUAGGGAUCAACCUGACUGAAUAUCCACCGGGAGCAACACCUCCCACAAACGCCACCCUCCGCACGUUGAAUCAGCUGUUGAGUUAAGGGGCUUAGUUUGUUUGCCUACCCUCACCACCUAAACGCCAGGUGGAUAUGAUCGAGAAUGUUCGUCUUGCAUAAGGUAGAGACUUUAUCCCCGCACAUUGCCCCC